UGAUCGCUCGCGCGCCGCUCUCGUCAGUGUUCGGUUCGCAGUUUCAGUGGAAAGGUGGGCGUGACUGAACUCCUCGAAUUUCAUGCCGUUCCAAGUCACAAUGGAACCAGAUAUGGAGGAGGACGAACUCCGUAUCAGUGUAGUGGAUGUGUACGACCUCGCAUCGGAGAUCGGCAAGGAGUUCGAGAAAUUAAUUGACAGAAACGGGGCGGAUGCGGUGACGGGGCUCAUGCCUAUGGUGAUCAGUGCGCUAGAACAGCUGGAAAAGUUGGCUACGAGGCACGAAUCAACCACCUCCUACAUCGAAGAGCUCAGGGCAACGAUUGCUCAUCUGGAGAACGAAAAGAUUGGCAAGGCGGAGGACAGGCAGAAGUACGAAAGGGAAUUGGAAGAGAUUGAGGAUCGAUUGCGAGAGGAAAGCCAUGAAUUGGUGGCGAUGGUCUCGCGUCUCCAGGACGAAAAUAGGAAACUGUCGACCUCCCUGGCCAAAUCUGAGGGCACAGUUAUCCAUUCCAAUGGUGCAACACCUGAAGUAGAUUUGAAAGUGGUGACUCGUCUGCAAGAAAUUAUUGAAAAUCAGCGUGAACAGCUUCAUAAAACCGAGAAGGAAAACCACACUAAAUCAUCUGAGCUUGAUAAUCUGAAAUCGCAACUAGAAAAAGUUAAUCACGUGAAUCGCGAGUUGAGGCGAAGGCAACGAACCAAUAACAUUCAGAUGAGAUCUUUGAUUGAUGAGAGGGCUGAAUUACAGGCUGCCCUGCAAGAAGAGACCCGUGCUGUCAGUGUGUUAAGACAGAGGCUUGGUUUAGCUCAGAAGGAAAAUGAGGAUUUAGCAAGCUCUAGCAGUGAUAGCCUGGAUCUAACAAAUAAGUUGGUAUUUGAUCGUGAUGACCCCAAUCGACCUCGCUUCACUAUGACUGAGCUUAAGGAGAUCCUUUAUGAACGUAAUGAGCUCAAAGCCCGAGUAUCUGAUUUGGAGGAUGAACUGGAAAUGUACAGGCCAAAGGAAGAAAGACAGCGGAGCCACAUAAUCUGCCCACCAGUAGAGAUGAUUGAAGCAGAGGGGGGGCUGCAACCUCCUACAGACCCACUCACACCCCCUCUCUCUCUCUCCGACUCACUUUCCAACGAAAUACAAGAUGCAGCUGCAGAAGAAGAAGACCCCCCUGUUCAAGGUCCUAUGCCUUAUGAGCCAGAAGAUGCUCCGUGGAAGAGAGGAGAGUCUGGUAUUAGAAAAUUCUUUGACUUCCAGAAGUUUAUAUAUCGAAGAUUGAAAUCAACAUCAGAACUCCCUGCUUCCGUCGGCUUUUUGGCGAUGAGGAGGGAGGAUCCGGAACUAGUCCUAAGAAGGGGCUACUCAACCUUGGAAGACCAUGAGUGUUUACAGGACAAUUCUUUCAGCAGAACAGAAUGUAAGAUCAUUUGUUGUGAAAGAGAUAAUGACAGUCCGUAUAAAGAGGACGAAGAUCUUUUAACACUGUUGACAUAUGCUAGUAGGAAAAGAUGGUCUCAAGAGGAAGCAUCACAAUGUUCUGCGUAUGAAUGUGAUUGUAGUGAAGGGCAUUUAACCGAAAAUGAGCCUGAAGACUUUAUAAACAAUCUUGAAAGUUGCCCAAUGGGCAGCUACCUGCCUAUGAAUUUCAGAAUUAAAAAUAGAUAUAGUGAUAAUGAAUUUCAAGGGAAUUGUAUAAACAAUACAGUUAGAGAUGAGCCUUCCAGUAAUUAUGUUCAGCAUUGUAUUACAAGUAACUUUGCUGAUCCAGUGUUUCAAAGUGUAAAGGUAGGUUAUGUUGAUUAUUCUCUACUUAACAAUAGAUUAGAAAAACUCACUCCAUCUUCAUUCACAACAAAGAUAGAAAAUGAAAAGUGUUCAUCCUGUAUACCAUUAUCUUUACCUUAUGAACAGCAUUGCUUAUUGCAGACUGAGUUGUUGUCUAGUCUUCAAUGUUUCCCUGAAUUACAGUUAUCAAACAAAAGCUCUGUAAAUUGGAAUGAUUCUAGUUGUGAUGAUGAAUUUCUUAUGCCUGAGUUUAAUUUUUAUAAGUUCUAUAAACCCUUAUCUGUUUUCAAUAUUGUACAUUAAUUACAUUUGCUAAGUAACACUGACACAAACUAAAUGAUUCAGCAGAUUACCAUUAUUACAGACAUGUAGUUGAUCUAAUUUAACUACUAAAUUUGCUUUCUUUUGUAUAUAUUUCCAUUAAUAAUGUAUAUCAGUUUUCUGUAAAGGAAUAUUUGAGCCACAGCAAGAUAUACCAAAGGCAUAUUUCUCCAAGUGAAGUGAAAAGUGAAGGAAAAUAUAAUAUAGGGAUAUAUUUUGUAUUGAAUAUUGUGUAUAGUACAGAAUCUUUAUAAGAAAAACUAUUUUAAGAAAAGAAAAUUUAUCAGCGAGAUGCGUAUAUUUUAUUGAGGUUUGCGAAUUUUGAGGAGACUACUGAAAUGUUAAGAUAUAAAUUACAGUAAAAUGCCUUUAUUUUGCAAAAGGAUAGGCCACCAGGAACAUAGUAGUACAUAGAAUGCUAAACACAGAUGAUAACAGGUCUUUAUGAAUGCAAGCUUGGUAAGAUGGAAGGUUUAUGUUUGCUGGAUAUCCAUCUUUAUCUAAUGUUUUGUUCCCCUUAUAUUGUUAUUUUAUGUGAGCACAUUUUUUUUUACUGUAAUGUAGCAGUAUUUAUGAAAUUUUGUUUGGGAUCUCUAAAUAUUUCUAGAAAUUUUUUUAUAGUAUGUAUUGUAAUUUAUACAGGUAGAAUAAUGUACAGUGAACCCAUCGGUUUUUUAAUUGCAUUUUCUGGUAUUUCUGAAUAGUAAUAAUGAGUAAUGCAGUAUUUAUUAAGGCUAACAAAGAUAGGUAAGUAGCCAGUCAUUAGAGAGGCUACUAGUCAAUGAUAACUUUUAGAAUAUAUUUACCAUUCAGGUUCAGUCCUUGUUUAAAUUUGAAGUUUUAUAUAAUAUUUGAGCACUACAAGCAUCGUCAGUUGUUUUCAGUACUUUUAUCUGCUCCUUGAAAGUCGGACAUAUUACCAUUGUAAGGUAGCUGAGAAUAUGCCUGCCAUUACCAAAUUUCCAGAAAGCGUCCAAUAUAUUAAUAAAUUACACAUAGGAAGAAUCCAAGUUCACCACAGAAAGAUUACUAGAUUGAGGGACUACAAGGAAAGAACUAAUACUACUGCCACUCUCAGCGAUUAAGAAGUGAUGUAACUUAACUUUCAUAUACAAAUUUGACUUGUCCUAAGAGUUGUGCUCUGAUAUUUUUCAUAAAUAAUCAUAAAAACAUAAAUUUUUACCAAUAGAAUAACAUUAAUUUUUACCAAUAGAAUUACACAAACAUUUUUAAAAAAUUUUAUUGCUAAUUUUAAAGAAAUAUUAACCAUACUGCAUAUUUUUUCUCCAUUUGCAUUGUUAACCUUUAAAAUUGGUGAUUAGUAUCCUUGUUUGAAAUCCAGUUAAAUUUAAUUUCUCUUCAUUAGGGAAGCAUUAUAAGAACCAAGUCAUCAUUUUAUUAUUGUACACAAAACAUUUAUUACAAUGCCACUGUCAAAUUUUCAUACAGUUCUUUAGAGCAAAUUUCCAUUGCUUUUAGCUAGAAUUUUUUAUUGUGAUCUGUGUACUGUGUGGUAGAUAUUUCCAAAAGCAUGUCCUUUUAUUUUAUCUAGGUACAUAGACACACAAAAUUCUUUUCUUGUGACUGUCUUUUAUCUAAAUGUAUUCCUGUAAAAUUUAGAUUUUGUAAUGUUGUUUGAAAAAUCUAUUGCACAUUCAUUGCUAUUUAAAUGAACUAGACAAGUUUUGGCACUUCUUUAGUAACAGUAGUAAUUGCCAGUAUAAAAUUAAAGACAAAAAAUAUGUUGAUUAUUCAUAUUUACAGUCAUGAUUAAUCAAUAUUUUCUAAAAAUAGCUUGCAGGUUUGAGUAUACUUACAGACAAAAGGGUAAAUUUAAAGGUACUUUACUGUAAUUAAGAACUUUAUAGAAUCAUUACAUGAAAAUUAUAUCAUAUGUUUGUUGAAUGUUGUAUAAAGGUCAUGUAAUUCAUACUGAUCUCGUGUCAUAUUGUAAAAAUAUAAUUUUUCUUGUAAGUCUGAGUUUAGCAUUGUAUCAAUAGGUAUUUUACAGAGCUAGUCUGUGAACUUUUCUGUUAAAAGAUGUGGUUCUCAUAUUGUACCAAAAAAAGAGAAAGUUUGUCCUGAAUAGAAAAUUUCUUUGUUUAA